UAAAUAGGCGUUGUAUAAUCUCGGAUUCCUCUGUUCUUCUAUGCCCGCGGUUGACUCUCUAUUCUAGAGAGAGUUUCUCUGGCUGCCAAUCUCUAUCAGUUUCAUAAAUUUUAUCAGCCACUUCCAACUUCAACAAAUGACUCGCGGAAAUCAGAGGGAGAAGGACCGAGAGAGGGCUCAGGCUCGUAACUCUGGCAAGGGCAAAUCCAAGGAUGAUGGUUUGACCCACGAGCAGCGCCGUGAAAGGGAUGCGAAGGCUCUACAGGAGAAGGCGGCGAAGAAGGCGGCUCAGGCAUCAGGGGGAGAUAAUUCGUCCGGAGGUAAAAGUAGCAAUAAAAAGUAAAUCGCCGUGAACUAUGUCGAUUUUUAACUUUUUUCUUGUUGGAACGCUGAGAUCUCGUGGAUUUCUUAAGACUGUUUGAUAUUGGAGAAACAAUCUCUGUAUGUCUAAAUGAUGUGAAUGGAUAUGUAUUAUGCUGUCAACGUUAAUUGGAGAAAGCUCUCUUGAUAUGUUGUGUUGAGCUGAUUAUGUUGUUAAUGAUUGAUUUCCUGGA